AUGUUUAGACGAUCAGUAGUGACGGAUGGGACGGCCGCUGGCCAAGGUCCUGAUGCAGAGAAUGGUAAAGAAGUGGGGAUCAAGAAAAAAUCUAAGGUCCCCGGGGUGAUGAUUACACAGUUUAUCGAGACGCUGCCAGAGGGAAAGAGCCAUCCAGACUUCACCCGAAAGCCGAUUGCUUUGACCAUUCAAGAGGGCAAAUUUGCUUUUUUCAAAGCGAUUGUCACUGGAGACCCGCAGCCAACAGUAACAUGGAGCAGAAAUAAUGGAGAUGUGUCUGAUACGUCAAGAUACCAGACUAAAUAUGAUCCCAAUUCCAAUGAGCACACGUUUGAGAUGCCAAAUGUUAAGCCAGAUCAAGCGGAUACCUAUAAAUGCUUUGCCACAAAUGAAUUUGGACAAGCCAUGGUCACAGUUGUUCUGAAUGUAAUUGAAGUUGGUUUCAAAAAGAACAAAGUCCAACAACAACCAGCUGAAGCCGUUGGUGGGAAUUUUAAGACUGUACUAAAAAGGAAAAGUAAGAUCCGUCCUAAAUCCGAGCAACCAGAGAGGAAAGAUGGAGAGAUUGAUCCUAAAUUUUGGGAACUCUUACUUAGCGCUGACAAGAAAGAUUAUGAGAGAAUCUGUUCAGAGUUUGGAGUGACUGACUUUCGCUGGAUGCUCAAGAAACUAAAUGAAAUGAAGAAAGAGCGAGAGGAAGAACAAGCUGCGUUUGUCAAAAACUUGUCUAACCUGAAACCUAUUGAAGUCAACCCUGAUGGUAUUGCAUCCUUUGAGAUUGACAUGGACCUUAUUGACCCAAGCAGCUCUAUAUUUAUUUACAAGGAUGGUGUAAUGGUUCCAUAUACAAAGGAGCUGGGAGAUAAGAUGAAGCACAGCCUCAAACAAGUGGGGAGAAAGUAUAUUUUUAGUGUAAGGGACCUUAUGCCAGACGAUGCUGGACUGUACCAAUUGGAUGUAGAGGAUGUGAAUAUGUUUUCCACAGAUUUUAAAAUCCCCAUGGUGGAUUUCUUGGUGAAAAUUCAAGAAGUGAAGGCAAUCGAGAGAGAAGAUGCUGUUUUUGAAUGUGUCCUGUCAAAUCCCUUCUCCAAGAUUUUGUGGUUUGGCAAGAAUUUGCCACUGGAACAAGGCGAUAAAUAUGAUAUCCAGGUUUCAGAAGACAAGCUCAUUCACAGGCUGGUGGUCAAAGACUGUAUGGUAGUAGACAAAGGAAUUUAUUCUGCCUGCGCGGGAAUAAAAUCUUGCAACGCAUGGCUUAUUGUUGAAGCUGAUAAAGAUGCGCCAAAGGGCAAAAAAUCAGCAAGGAAAACAACAAGGGCUGGCGGUUCUGGGAUGGAUCUGCAGAAGGUUGCCCAAGAGCAACAGGCAAAAUUAGAGAAAGAGAGAGAAGAAAGGAAAGAACAGAUUAAAGUUGCAAAAGAAGCUGCAGCAGCUGCACCUCCUCCUGAAUCCCCUCCAGCUACAGCUGGGGCAAAAACAAAGGCACCAAAACCUGAACCAAGCCAGCCAGUGCCAGUGCCGGUGCCGGUGCCUGUGCCGGUGCAGGUGCAGGUGCCGGUGCCUCAGCCAGAAGCCGAUGCCGGUGAAAGGCUUGAUCAACCACUCGCAGACGCAGGAGGUGAGCCUGGAAUUACCUGUGGACUCUCUGAUAUUUAUGCUCUUCGUGGAAAUCCGGCUGAAUUAUCUGUAAAGAUGAACAUGGACCGUGAUGGGUCCUGGUUUAAAGAUGGAGAGCAGUUAAACUCGGGUGCAGGGCUCAACAUAAAGAAAGAUGGAACCUCUCACAAGCUGACAAUUCAAAGCUGCAGAGAUGACGACUCUGGAGUUUAUCGUUUUGUAUCAGGGGAUCAAAAUACACAAGGAAAGGUCACUGUUGGAGAUGUACCUGAAUUUGACCCAGACGACCUUCACAAGUUCUCCAAACCUGUGAUCAUAAGAGUGGGCCAGAACGCUGCUUUCAAGAUGCCCUUUCCUCCUCAGGAGUCUUUGGUGGUCAGUUGGUUUAGGGAUGGCACUGAGAUCAAAGACGGAGGAGGAGUUAAGAUCGUGAGGGAGCCCAAUCACAGCCGGCUGCUGCUCAGAGACUGCCUGCGGACAGACGCAGGGGAAAUAAAGAUCCAACUCAAAAACCCAUUUGGGUCUGUGGAGGCCAUAUCUCAGCUUAUUGUGCUAGAUCGACCAGGUCCACCUGAGGGUCCAGUGGAGACUGUUGAAACCACCUCAUCUAUCAUUGAGAUUAAAUGGAACCCUCCCAAAGACGAUGGCGGCUCCGCUGUGACCAACUAUAUUAUAGAACGGCAGCAGGCGGGACAGAAUCUGUGGACAAAACUUGGGGACGUCUCAGCUGACAAGACCUCCUUCAGAGACAGGAAUGUGACUCAUGGAAAGAAAUACAACUACCGCAUCUAUGCAGAAAACCCUGAGGGCCUCAGUGACACCCUGGAGACAACUGAUAGCAUUAUGGCUGGCAUAAUGAUACUCUCUGGUCCACCUGGUGCCCCCGAAGUGGUGAGUGCCACUAAGUCCUGCAUCAAGUUGACCUGGUCACCUCCAGAAGACGACAGAGGAGUACCGAUCAUUGGUUAUCAAUUGGAGAAACGAAAGAAGGACACAAAUCAGUGGAUUGCCCUGAAUGCUGUUAAUGAACCAAUUAAAGAUGUGAACUACGCAGUUAAAGAUAUCACUGAGGGAGCAGAGUAUGAAUUCAGGGUUUCAGCAAUCAAUGAGUCAGGAUCAGGAGAUCCAAGCCCUCCCUCUCAAAUGGUGUGUGCAAAGAAUCCCAACAUGAGACCUUGUUUUAAAGACCCAGAAGACUUCAUUGUUGUCAGAGCAGGAAAUUCUGCACGCAUCAAAAUUUGCUAUGAGGCUGAACCUCCACCUCAGAUCACUUGGCUGAAGGAUGAUGAGCCAAUAUCCCCGUGGUUUCAUAUCAUCAAUACAGAUGGAAUGUCUCAACUUGUUAUUCCCUCAUCAAAGCGCUCGGAUUCAGCCAUUUACACUAUCAAAGCCAAAAACUCUGUGGGUGAGGCUUCAUUCGACAUUGAGGUUAGAGUCACAGAUGAACCCAAGACUCCAGGCCCAGUGGAGCUGGAGCAAACUGUCCAGGGCAAAGUGGUGAUUUCAUGGGCUCCAUCUCCAGACGAGGAGCUCGACGACCGGUUGUACUACAUGGUGUCUCAACACGACUCCAACACCAGAGUGUGGAAGACAGUAGCAGAUCGCCUCUUCACUAAGACAUACACGGCCAUCAACAUCCUUCCAGGGAUAGAGUACCAUUUCCGUGUCUACGCCAAGAAUGAUAUGGGCCUCUCAGAUCCAUCUCAGUCACCUACAUGGGGUGUCAACAACAACAGAGUUCCGAUAAGCUCAAAUGGAGUUAAUUCAACGAAUGUCAGCUUUGAGAGGCCUCCGUCCAUCUUGGUCCCUCUUAAAGUCCACACGCCACCUAAAGGUUACCAACUCUAUAUGACAUGUGCCAUCCGAGGAUGCCCUACACCCACUGUAUCCUGGUACCUGAACGACGUCUGCAUCAACUUAGACAACAACUAUUAUAUCACCAACUCAUUUGGUGUGUGCUCAAUGUUCAUUCUCAGAGUCCGACAACAGGACAGCGGCAAUUAUAAAGUUGUUGCAGUCAACUCUCUUGGCAAGGCAGAGUGUUCGACUAACCUUAUUGUUAAAGAUUAA